AUGGCUGCCUUGACAACAUCACUGUCAAUAUUAUCAUUCUUGUUCAUACUCAAUUCCAUUCCAAUCCCAUCAUUCUCUUGUCCGAUUCAUCAAAAACAAGCUCUUCUUCGAUUCAAAUCCACCAUCACCACCAUCAUCGAUUCCAACUCCGACCCCAACUCCGAUGAAUAUGUACCAUUCGAAGAACUAGAUUCAUGGAGUCCAAAAUCCGAUUGUUGCUCCUGGGACCGUGUCAAUUGCACCAGAACCAGAAACAAAACCAGAAUCGUCACCGAGCUCCACCUAGACGCCGUCGUUCCCCUGUUUGUUGACCUGGUUCCGGUGUUCUCCGAUAUCCUGAAUCCCCUUUUCGAAAUCCGGUCACUGAAGGUACUCGAUAUCUCCAUGAAUUCGUUGGUAGGUGAGAUCCCCGGAGAUGGGUUUGGUAACCUCACCGGACUUGUUCAUCUUGACAUGAUGCAGAACAGCUUCAAUGGUUCCAUUCCAGCCCAACUUUUCCGGUUAACAAAUUUACGUUACUUGGACAUGAGCACCAAUUACCUUGAAGGAGGACUAGGGCCUGAACUGGCUACUCUUCGGAAUUUGACAACAUUAUCGUUGAGUGUGAAUCGUUUCCAGGGUAUGAUUCCUCCUUCGCUUUUCAAACUUGAAUCUCUUCGUUUUCUCGAUCUAAGCAACAACAGUCUCACCGGUGGUUUAAGUUCUGAAAUUGGAAACCUUCGGAAUCUUGAAUCCUUGAAACUGAAUGAGAAUUUUCUUACCGGAAGUAUCCCAGAGGAAAUUGGAAAUCUGACGAAGUUAAGGGAACUUUGGGUAGGAAAGAAUCAGUUUUCGGGUGGAAUCCCCUCUUCGGUUGAAAAUCUCAAGGAUUUAGAAUCCCUAGAUUUGUCUGGAAAUUCGUUCUCCCUCCAAAUUCCUUCUGGCAUAGGAAGACUACCCAACAUGACGACUCUUGAUCUGAGUAAGAACCAGUUCAUGGGUCCAAUCCCACCAUCUAUGCAAAACUUAAGAAAGUUAGAAACCCUUCAGCUCAAGAACAACAUGCUCGCCGGAGAAAUCCCAACAUGGUUAUUCAACAUCAGAAGUUUAAAGAAAUUGUUCAUCGGAGGAAAAGGUAACCGCUUGAUUUGGAAUAAUAAAACAAAAAUCGUUCCAAAAUGUAAGCUAGAACAGAUCUCCAUGUCUUCCUGUGGAUUUUCCGGUGAGAUUCCUGAAUGGAUUUCUUCACAGAAAGACUUGAAUCUUCUUGAUUUGAGCCAGAAUCAAUUGGAGGGGGAAUUUCCCGAUUGGCUUGCUAAGAUGGACAUCGGAAGCAUAAUCUUGUCAGAUAACAAGCUUACUGGAUCACUCCCGCCUCGCUUAUUUGAAUCUUUAAGUUUAUCAAUUCUUGCUUUGUCCCGGAAUAAUUUUUCCGGCGAGUUACCGGAGAAUAUAGGAAACGCCAGAGCAAUCAUGCUUCUUAUGUUGUCGGGAAAUAAUUUCUCCGGCCAAAUUCCAAUGUCUAUAUCAAAUAUUUACCGGUUACUACUUCUGGAUUUGUCUAGAAAUAGAUUUUCCGGCGACAAAUUCCCAGUGUUUGGAGAUAACCCUCUUCUUGCUUUCAUCGAUUUGUCAUACAACGAAUUCUCCGGCGAGAUUCCGGUGACUUUUUCCACAGAAACUCAGAUUCUAUCUCUUGGCGGGAAUAGAUUUUCCGGCAAUCUGCCCCGGAAUUUGACCAACUUGGUCAACCUCGAACAUCUUGAUCUUCAUGACAACGAUAUCACCGGAAAUUUCCACGAAGUUCUUCCUCAAAUCCCGAAUUUGCAAGUUCUAAGCUUAAGAAACAAUUCCCUUGAAGGAUUUAUCCCAAGAACAAUCUCCAACCUCACUUCUCUCCGGAUUCUUGAUGUCUCCGGGAACAACCUCGCCGGAAUCAUCCCACCGGAGAUCGGAAACCUAGCAAGAAUGAUGAACACUCCGGACUUGUUACCAACGUAUGACAUCUUCAACUUCUUAAUCGAGUUUCAAGACUUGAUAUUAAACUGGAAGAACUCUUUUCGAGGGCUAUCAAGUCGGAGCUUAGACAUCUACUCAUUCUUGGAUUUGUCAGAAAACCGAAUCUCCGGCGAAAUUCCGGCAUCGUUAGGCAAUCUCAAAGGCUUAAAACUUCUCAACAUUUCACACAAUGAAAUCUCCGGGAACAUUCCGGUGACUUUUGGGAAUCUGAAAGGAAUAGAGAGCUUGGAUUUAUCACAUAACAAAAUCUCGGGUUCGAUUCCUCAAUCACUGGGAAAGCUUGAUCAACUUACGAUUCUUGAUGUGAGCAAUAACAGGCUGACAGGUAGGAUUCCGGUGGGUGGACAGAUGAACACGAUGAAUGAGUUGAAGUAUUUUGCAAACAACAGUGGAUUAUGUGGCAUGCAGAUUAGAAUCAUAUGUCCAGAGGAUGUUACAUCAUCAGAAGGAGAAGAUGAAGAAGACAAGAAAGAUUCAUGGAUUAUGUGGGAGGGAACUUGGAUCGGAUUUCCAGUUGGGUUUUUUUCAUCGAUCUUGAUCAUGGGCUACUCACUGAAUUUUCUACAUCUGUUCAAAUUCUGGUGA